UCCCCAGUGCUGGGAUUAAAGGCAUGCGCCACCAUCACCUAGCAGUGGGUCACCUCUUAUCCUGGAUCUGGCUUUCCUUUCUUGCUUUAGAUUCCCAAGGGGCUUGUGCCGCUUGAUGGCACAGUCAUUGUGGCAAGUAGGGCACAUGACUACACCAGUCUCUAACUCUGUCAGCCUCUCCCUGGUCACACCACAGUAACCUUUGCUGUGAUCUCUGACCUCUAUCAGGGUCAGCAGGGCAUGUGUGUUUCCCUCAGAGACAGAUGUCCCUCCCUCCCAGGAGAGCUCUUGUUCACACCUUCAAAGGUCUUUGUGGAGCAGCCCAGCUAGGACCAUAUCAGCCACUCUGUCUGCUAACCUGUGCCUCUGUUUCUUCACAGCUGGGCACCACGAGAUUUAAGGCGGUGGGACCUAUUGGUAGAAUGUCUUCUCUCCCUGCAAGCGACCCUGAGGCCACCAAGAUGAGCACCGAGGCCCCACCUGCGAGUGUGCCCGGGUGUCAAUAACCAGGAGCCGAGGGGCCACCGGGCGCAAUGGUGUACUAGGCUGGGCUCGAGCUCAGAUUUCACACUCGGAUCUCACGGCAGAGUCACCGUGGAGAGGCCAGGGUACCACAAACUUAUGGAUUUUGACAAGAAAGGAGGGAAGGGGGAGUUGGAGGAGGGCCGGAGAAUGUCCAAGACUGGCACCAGCCGGAGCAGCCACGGCGUCCGCGGCUCGGGGACCAGCUCAGGGGUCCUGAUGGUGGGCCCCAACUUCCGAGUCGGUAAGAAGAUAGGCUGUGGGAACUUCGGAGAGCUUCGCCUAGGAAAGAACCUGUAUACAAACGAGUACGUGGCUAUCAAGCUGGAGCCCAUCAAGUCCCGGGCCCCGCAGCUGCAUCUGGAGUACCGCUUCUACAAGCAACUUAGCACCGCAGAGGGCGUCCCUCAGGUCUACUACUUCGAGCAGAGCCGCAGGGACGACCUGGAGGCGCUGGGCCACAUGUUCAUGUACUUCCUGCGCGGCAGCCUGCCUUGGCAAGGGCUCAAGGCCGACACGCUGAAGGAGCGCUACCAGAAGAUCGGUGACACCAAGCGCGCCACGCCCAUUGAGGCACUGUGUGAGAGCUUUCCGGAGGAGAUGGCCACCUAUUUGCGCUAUGUACGGCGCCUGGACUUCUUCGAGAAGCCAGACUAUGACUACCUGAGGAAGCUCUUCACCGACCUCUUCGACCGCAGCGGCUAUGUGUUCGACUACGAGUACGACUGGGCCGGGAAGCCCCUGCCGACUCCAAUCGGCACCGUCCACACUGAUGUGCCCUCCCAGGCACCACAUCGAGACAAAGCCCAGCCCCACUGCAAAAACCAGGCACUGAACUCCACUAAUGGAGAGCUGAACACAGAUGACCCCACCGCUGGCCACUCCAACGCCCCCAUUGCGGCCCCUGCAGAAGUAGAGGUGGCAGAUGAAACCAAGUGCUGCUGCUUCUUCAAGAGGAGAAAGAGAAAAUCCCUGCAGCGGCACAAGUGACAAGUGACGGGGAAGGUCCCCAGGCGGGCGUCCCGGAGGCUGGCAGUGUCCUCGGGGGCGUGGGGCUCCUUGGCCCAACUUCAGGCACCAUCUUCCAGGACUUGGGGUCACUUCCUUCACACAGGACUUUGGCGGAAAUCUCUAAGCCCCUGUCUCGUCCCCUUUGAGAGCAUUAACUAUUUAAAACCAGGACAGAAACGUCCCGCCGUCCCCGCUGCGCCCCUGUUAGCUCAUAAAGUCCAGCUUGUCCCCUCGAUCCAAAGGCCAUUUUCUCGAGGGGGGCAGGCCCGGGGCAUGGGUGUCACAUGGGAAGGCCACCAGGCCUCGGCCACCGAAAGGGGAGGCCUGUGCCAUACCACAGUGCUGCACCAAAGCCGGGGCGGAGCGCGGGAUGCUCACCACAGAGCCAGGGCGCCCGUGACCCAUGCGUGUCCCUGUGUGCUAGGCCCAUGGGAUAGAAUCGCCUUAAUGCCCGACCUGGGGCAGUGGAAAGGCGGUCCCCACGGGAGGGCCAGGCUGUGGUCUCGGGAGCCGAGUUCUUGCUUUACAACAUGUACAGAAAUGAACUUAUGUUUCUCCGGCGCUUCCUUGAAGCCAUAGAGUUUAGAGGCUUUUUUAAAAAAAUAAAAAAAAUAAAAAAUAAAAGAAAAUGAAACCAUC